UUGAGUGUCAGAACCCUGCUACUAGAGCCUGGAUGUGGCUCUGAGUUUCAGGGUCACUGACAUUGAUAAGACACCUGCGUCCCAGGACUCGGAGGAGAAACGGCUGAUGGACUUGGCGGGGAAUUUGCGCGGGGUUUUACUGAGCGGGAAGAGACUGUUCAAAUGAGGGGGAGGGUAUAUAAAGGAGGGUUGGCCGGAGCCUCCCAUUCUUGGCUUUUCUGAUGUUCAUGUUUCCUACAGUAAAAGUUCCUGGUGAUACCACAGAGAGUCUCGUGUGUUCAUUCAGGAGUGGCUGUGGUGAGCUGACACUAAGCCAAGAAUACGGACACCAUCCCGCUGUAGCGGUGAGGUGUAACAUGCAAGUGGAGGAUGAAGAGCUCUUGGGCGCCGGAGGAGGAAGGUCGGAAAGGGCCACUCCCGAGACGGACGCUGAGUUCCACCAGCUGGCGGCCCUGGCGUCAUCCACCGCUUAUGCCCAGCCAAAUGGGGUAACCCAGAGGCGCGGAGUGGUGCGGGGAGAUAGCACCGGAGGAGAGGAAGGUUCACCUUCCCCAGGCCCGCAAAAGAUGGUGUUUCUGGAGGAGAGGAUGUCGGCGAUGGAGACCACCCUGGCAGUGAUGUCGAGGGCGAUGGAGCGCCUGGCGGUUUUGGCGGAGCCGGAGCGAGGAAGGGAACUCCGGGCUAGCUCAAUGUGGGACGUGAGCAUGGGAAGCAGCCAGGGCUUUGCAGACCUCCCAGCACCGAAGGGAAGGGAAAUGCGAAAGGAGCCCGGUGCCCGGCCCAAGAUCCAAACGAGCCUGACGCGGGUGGAGGAGAGUGACGACGAAGGGGAAAAGCCUCCGAGAAUCCCGGCUACGCUCCCAACUGAGACCCUGGUGCCCCUGGCGAAUGCCGGGCGUGGCACAGGACAAAGGGAAGCAGCAGCGGGGCCCACUGGCCCGCAAGGGGGCUUGCGACGGGCGGAGAAUUGGGGAUUGCCACCACAGGGACCCCUACCGAGACGAGAGGAACUAAGGAUCGAGUUUGGGGGAGAGUCCUCUGCACUGGAUUUUUUCCUGACCACGGUGAGGGGCUAUAUGGAGGACAAUGCCCACACUUUUAGAACGGAAUCCAGCCGGGUACGGGCCAUUGGUGCAGUGUUGAAGAGGGGAGCGGCCAGCUGGUACGUUCAACUACACGCGCGGCGCGACCCAUGUCUGGGGUCACUCCGACGCUUUAUGGGGGCCCUGGAGACCCGUUUCCGAGAUCCACUGGAGCAGAUCCGGGCGAGGGAGGAGUUGAAGACCGUCUCCCAGGGGCAGAGGUCGGUAUCUGAGUAUGCGGAGGAGUUCCAAUGCCUCGCUGAAAAGGUGCCGGAAUGGUCUGCAGUGACAAAGAUAGAACUCUUCAAAGAGGGGCUCAGGCGGGAGAUCCUCUCCUGGGCGGUGCAUCGUGAUGAGCCUGACACACUGCGCGGAUGGAUUCAGCUGGCGGGGCGCAUCGAGACAUCGCUGGCCCAGGCGAGGAGGCACCGAGGAGGGCUACAGCAGCGGCCGCAGAUGAAAGAGGGGAGCCGGAAGGAGGGAUCAACCCCAGCCGGGAGGAGAACGGAGCCGACAGGGAACGUGAGCACCAGCAGGAGGGGCUGCUUCGUGUGCGGCCGUUUGGGCCACAGGGCUGCCGAGUGCUGGCAGAGAAAAGGGGAAGGCGGAGGCCCGCCCAAACCAAGAGCCGUGGCAGGGAAACGCGCCGAGGAAGAACCACCGAUGAGGCACCACUCGGGGGGGUUGGACGAAGGGGAGGAGGACGCCAUGUCAGAACCCUGCUACUAGAGCCUGGAUGUGGCUCUGAGUUUCAGGGUCACUGACAUUGAUAAGACACCUGCGUCCCAGGACUCGGAGGAGAAACGGCUGAUGGACUUGGCGGGGAAUUUGCGCGGGGUUUUACUGAGCGGGAAGAGACUGUUCAAAUGAGGGGGAGGGUAUAUAAAGGAGGGUUGGCCGGAGCCUCCCAUUCUUGGCUUUUCUGAUGUUCAUGUUUCCUACAGUAAAAGUUCCUGGUGAUACCACAGAGAGUCUCGUGUGUUCAUUCAGGAGUGGCUGUGGUGAGCUGA